AUGACAACCACACAUCUCAAUUGGCGAUUUGUGCCUCAUCCAACUGUCGACAUUGACCCACGUGUCAUGUCAGACAGAAAGAAGAAUAUUAAUCUGGUCUGCAUCUCACUUCUGGCAACGUCAGCAGGAUUUGCUAGUUUAAUAUAUUUUCCAGGUGUUCCGGGGAUCACGGCCGAUCUGAAUGCGCCGCCGAUUGCAAUCACAUUGACAGCAGCUUUGUUUGCGCUAUUUACAGGAAUUGCGCCUGUGUUUUGGGCUUCGGCUUCGGAUCACUACCAUAUCCGUCGAUUACCAAACUUAUUAUCUAUGGUCAUAUUUUCAGCUGCGUCAUUGGGGAUGGCUUUCGUGAAGAAUAUUUGGGCUCUAGUUGUCCUGAGAUGUUUACAGGCUGUCGGUGCCUCUUGUGGACAGGCCGUAGGAGCAGGAAUGAUUGCAGAUUUGUAUGAAUUGGAAGAGCGUGGUUCAGCCUUUGGAAAAUAUUUCUUUGGCAUGUUUAUCGGUCCUCUGUUAGGUCCCAUUGUAGGCGGAUUCUUGAGUAUGAGUGCAGUAUCAUGGCGUGCAACCUUCUGGUUCUGUUUUGCACUAGGCGUGGUGAUAUUUAUCCUUUGCUUUCUCUUUUUGAAUGAGACCUACAGAGACAAUUCCAAAUUUGAUCAUGUGAAUGAAGUAUCGGAUGCAAAGAGUGCGACCCUUGUAGAGGAUCAACCCAGAAAAAAGGCCCUCAACCCAAUAGAUCCGUUCCUCAUGCUUAGGCAUCCAUUUGUCUUCAUUGCUUCUUUUACAGGCGGUGUCAUGUUUGGCGGAAUGUUUGCAAUUGAGACGAUUAUUCCAAAGAUCUACGAAGACAAUUAUGGAUUUUCUGCAUGGCAAACAGGUAUAUUGAGGCUACCAAACACUGGAUUGGGAAAUGCAAUUGGCUCCGUUGUGGGAGGUUAUUUAUCCGAUCGGCUAUUGUUACGGUCAAGAGCUCGUCGUGGUGGGCGUGCAGUGGUUGAGGAUAGGUUGACGGCUAAUUGUUGGCCAGGUGGAUUUAUAUUGGUUCCACUCGGACAAUUACUAUUUGGUUGGAUGGCCCAGACAAAGGGUUCUGUGUGGGCCUGUAUCGUGGCCUUUGGUAUCCAGACAUUCGGAAUGAAUCAGGUCAUGGCUGCCACGUCUGCUUAUCUCGUAGAUGCCAUGCCGGGUCAAGGUGCAUCUGCCUCUGCUGCUGCAACCCUCUUUCGCCAAGCCAUGGCUUGUAUUCUCACCUUGGCUGCUAAUCCUAUGGUAGCUGCCAUUGGUCCAGGUUGGACAACUGUAUUUUUGGCUGGCUUGACGGUGUUUUCCAUGGCAUUAUUGGCCAUUUUGGCCAUAUACGGCGAACGCCUUAGACGGUGGAGUGGUUAUGAAGAUAAACUGUCUCAAUAA